UCCUAGUUUAUACAUAACCAUCUACCGAUAUAAUUCACAAACUAAGUUAUAUUUUAUGCGUUAAAUGUGAUAGUUGCUAGUGUCGAGUGUUCAGUACAGCCCCAGCUUCGACAUGGAUACGAGAUGUGUUAUAGUACUAUUCAGCUUACUAGCAGUGUUAGAUGGCAAGAAAUUUCGGUGCGACUACAAAUACUUCCAAAACACUGAUGGCUGGCUAAAACUGCAUCGUGUGCCUGCCAACUGGGCGGAAGCUCGCCUUAGAUGCCAUCUCGAAGGAAGCAAGUUGGCGUCUCCCUUGAACACGGGUCUGAAAGCGGCGAUGUCGGUGCUCAUAAGGGAAGCGUCGGGCGACAUGACUUGCGGCGUCUUCACCGGCAUACAUGCGAUGUUCUCAAGAGGGGAUCUCUACUCCAUCGAAGGCGUCCCCUUGUCGAAGAUCCCUCACACGUGGGCGAGCGGGGAACCGGACAACUACAAAGAUCAGGAGAGCUGCAUCGCUAUGCUGGCCGACGGCAGCCUCGCCGACGUCGACUGCCGCGAACCGCUUCCCUACAUCUGCUACAAGACGAACGCGAAGACGAUGGUCAUGACAAGCUGCGGCACCACGGACAAUGAAUACGUGUUCGACGCGCGCACAGGCAGCUGCUACAAGUUCCACAGCGUACCACGCACGUGGUCGCGUGCUUACAUGGCCUGCUCGGCGGAGGGCGGCCACCUGGCUAUCAUCAACAGUGAUACUGAGGCGACGGUGAUCAGGGAGCUCUUCGCUAAACACCCCGGCGGAUCCAUGCUCGGUAACUUCUGGAAAGACGUCGCCUUUGUUGGCUUCCACGAUUGGAACGAACACGGCGAAUGGCUGACGAUACACGGUGAUACGCUGCAGGAGGCUGGCUACGCCAAGUUCUCCGGUGGAGAGCCCAACAACGCGACUACGGGCGAGUACUGCGGUGCCGUGUACCGCUCCGCGCUCUUUGACGACCUCUGGUGCGAAAAUAAGUACGCAUUCAUCUGCGAAAAGAGCCCCGACAGCCUACUCUGUGAAAAUGAUCUCUAGCUUCGAAUUACUCAUUAUCAUAUUGAGUUUUAAAAUGAAAUAGUUUAAUCUC